UUUGACAACAACGGGGACAGUGGCAAAAACAUCGGCCUGUCCGGCACAAAGUCACUCGUUUUCGCAAGUGGAACUCAAAUGAAAAGGGCUGCCACUGCCUGGUUAAAGAAGAAGUCUUUGUGUCCCACCAUGACAUCACCAUCUCUGACUUGACAGAGCUCCUCCAGGGCCUCAGAAGACAGAUUACACCACAGUUUUCACAGGCUGGACAAAUGAAGUGACCAACAGGAUACAAUGUCAUCAUUCCAGGUGGUGGAUUCAUCGCCGGGCAGCAGCGUCAGCAUUAUGGAAACAUCCAACUUUGCCCAUGUCAUCUUCCAGAAUGUGGAAAAGAGUUUCCUACCCCAGGCACCCUUGGAGUGCCGUUACACCCUGACCCCUUACAUUGCUCCCCACCCCAAAGACUGGGUGGGCAUUUUCAAGGUGGGUUGGAGCACAGCCAGGGACUACUACACUUUCCUGUGGUCUCCUAUGCCUGAAAACUAUGAACCAGGAAGUACUGUGCACAGGACUGUGGUAUUUCAAGGAUACUAUGUUCCCAAGUCUGACGGAGAGUUCUACCAGUUCUGUUAUGUCACUCAUGCUGGUGAUAUCAGAGGAGCCAGUACGCCCUUCCAGUUCAGGUCAGCCACACCCACCGAAGAGCUGCUGACUGUUACAGAGGACGACAGCAACUCAGACAUACUGGUUGUCACCACCAAGACUGGCCUGCUAGAGCGCGUGGAGGAGGCACAGCAGGAGCGCAGGGAACUGCUGAAGGCCAUGCGUCUCCUGCAGGAGGAGAAACAACAGCUGCAGGAGGAGCAGAAACGACUGGCCAGGGAAAGGGAGCAGGAGAGGGAGACAUGCUGCCUGUUGAGGACACAUAACCAGGAGCUGCUGCGCUCAUCGCAGGGCCUGUCAGAAGAGAGGGAGGAGGUAAGGAGGAGGCUGACAGAGGCCACGGACCGGGUCCGCCAGCUGGAGGAGGACCUCCUGGGAGUCACUCAGAGAGGCCUGCAAAAGGAGACCGAACUGGAUUGUCUGCGUGACCGUUUGAAGAAGCUGACGGCAGAGAGAGACAGUCUAGAGAGCCAGCUGAAGAAUGAGAAGGACGAGAGAGAUCUCUAUAAGGCCCACCUGCGCAGCACAGAGCUGGAGAACACUAAGCUGAGUGCAGAGCUGCAGAUGUUGAAGGCUGUGGAGCUGAACCGAGAGGUGACCAUCGCUCAAUUCCAGGAGGAGCUGGACAGGCUCAGGGUCUGCGUUGCCCAGCGAGAUAGUCUGGAGAAAGAGCUGCUGGCUCACAAAGCUGACAAGGCAGAGCUGGCCCGUGUACGUGAGCAGCUCCGUCAAGCUGAGGAGCAGCUUCAGGCGUCCAGGCAGCAGGCCUCCCUGCUGGCUUCGGAGCUCCGUGAUUCAGCCAGCGCCCGAGACCACACGAUGACUGAGCUGUACCGUGCACGUGUGGAGGCUGACAAGCUCCGCGCCAGUCUAGCUGAUGCUCAGGCAGAGUGCCAACGCAUGGAGAGCCAGCUUGACCGCAUGAGAAGCACCGCACAGAAGGAAGUGGGUGUUGGGACCAGUGGGGAUCUGACACCCAGCAUGAUGGUGGUGUCGGAGGCAGAGGCCGAGCUGCAGAGGGAGGUGGAGGAGCUGAAGCUGCGGCUUCACAUGGCCGCUGAGCAUUAUAAGGAGAAGUACCGGGAGUGUCAGCGCCUCCGGAGACAGGUUGCCAAACUGAACACAACCGAGUCACAGGGGGAGCCAAAGAGAAAUGCAUCCACUGAGACGACACUGGAGCCACUGACCCCCAGUCCAGAGUCUCCUACAGCAGGAAAUAUAGCUGCUGCAGUCCUACAAGAAGCCGCGGAGAUGACAAUCACCCCAGAACUCAAUAACAAGCGACCCACAUAUGCUGACAAACACAUCAGCACAGAGAAGGAGGAAAGACAGACGGAGAACACACUGAGGGAGAGAGCUCAGGUGGAGACUGAGAGGCAAGUGAAACGAAAGGAAGCCAGCGAAAACAAGGAAAAUGAAAAAGAGGAGAAGAAGGAGAGCCUGCCGGAGGAGAGCCUGAGGAUGACGAGCUGGGUGGAGGUGGAGAACGAGAGGCUGAGCGCUGAGGAGAACAGCGAUGUGGAAAGGGCACCGAAGGCAGAGGGAGCCGGGGAUGGCGUGGAGGAGCAGGGGCUGCUGGAGGUGGAGGGGAGGAGCGUGGAGGAGGCAGAGCAGGAACAGACUCGCUCGGUGGAGGAGGAGCUGGCGAUGAUGGAGGAGAAAUGGAGGGAGCAGUGUGCAAUCAACGAGACUCUCAAACAGCGGCUGGCCGAUGAGGAGGAGCGAUUCAGAGUGCAGAUGGCAGAGCGAGCCAGCGAGGUGACCGAACUGAAACGCAACCUCGCCCAGGCUCUGAGAGACAAAGAGCAGCUGCAGGAGGAGCUGCAGCGUUACGUGUCCAGGCAGAGGGAGCAGGAGACUGGAGUUCAGGGCGCCGAGGUGAGGCAGCCGAUGGUGCUGCGCUACCCCCUGCCCUACCCCCAGGACCCUUCCCCUCCUCCGCUGGUGCCACAGAGGCCUGCUGAGCUGCAGUACGGCAACCCCUACUCCACCGACACCACGAGAGAUCGGGUGGAUGUCGCGCUGUCUCCUGAGCACAUGCCCCGUCCUCCACCUGAGGCUCCGUCCUGCGCUCAUCCCUGCGCGCCCCCGAUCACACCCACCAGACCCAGUCCCGGAGCACCGGGCUGCGAUCGAGAGGUGGUCUGCAUACAACCCUCCCGCAGCACAAGUCCUCCCGAGAGCCUCGAGCAUCCGCCGGAGGAGCCGCAAAAUGUGGUUGAUGGGGCUCAGCCAUCCUGUGACCAUCAGUCCAAUAGACGCAGUGAAGCGCGGAGCAGCUUCUGCUUUGACUCCAGUACCGACGUCCACAAACGCUGCCCGCUAUGCGAGGUGAUCUUCCCGCCGCACUUUGAGCAGCGCAGCUUCGAGCAGCACGUGGAGAGCCACUGGAAGGUUUGCCCCGUCUGCUCCGAGCAGUUCCCCCUCAACUGCCAGCAGCAGCUCUUCGAGAGGCACGUCCUCACGCACUUUGACGGCCACGUGCUCAACUUCGAGCAGAUUGAAUGAAGGGAUGCAGAGGACAAAACCGUAUGGGUUCAAUGUGUGUCGUCAGUUCAUUUUGUUUUGGGGGUUCAGUUAAGUUGUCUCGUUAAUAUACAAUCAUGAGCACCUUUUUUGCAAUCUUUAAGGUUUGGAAGAAUGUAGUCGACCUCUAAAAGGAAGCAGAGCUUGUACCGUGGCGGCUGCUCCACCAAGGUUUAUGUAGGGUAGCUUUCACAUUAAUACACAGUAAACAACGGAUCAUUAACAUUCGGGAAUAGUGCCACGAUCCUUUACUUUUAUAUCAUUUUUAUGCUCAUCUUUCUGGCUUCAGUGCAUGCAUAUAUUCUCUGUUCAAAACAAAUCAUGGCCACAUCAUUUCUUUCUACUUUUUGAGUGAAUUGUAGCAGAAGGUUCAACUGGGGCUUUGGAAUAAAAAAAAAUAAAAAAAAUAAAAUCUCCCUGUUCUGCCCCGAACAUACAUACACUAAGUGGCAAAGGCAGUGCGUCACCUUUUAAUUGUCCAGAAUUUAAAGCAUUGUAAGACAGAUAAGAUUUUUAAAAGUGUAAAUGCAGAGUGAGAGCUGAAUAUGUGACGUCUCAAAGAGUCACCUGAGUGUGUAAAUAAAACUGAAGAGCCGCGUGCUGUACUAUUGUACGUAUGACAGUGUUUUUGCGAAGAUGGUUUCAACAGAAUCAGCACUACAUUUUCAUGUAUCUGCACUAAAUAAGGCUUUAUUCUGAAUGUACUGUACAUAAAUGAAAAUUAAGUUGUGGAGAGACCCGUGAAUUACUGUCGUGAACCUCCCUCCCCCUCAUCGUUACCUCCCUCAUGUUUUAAUGAUGAAAGAAGGAUGGACCAAUGAUGGGUUGUUUUUUUUUUUUUCCUGGUGUGCACUUUCUGCUCUUAGGUCGGUCGUAAGAAGCUGGGCUGAGAGAAAAACAUGUUUUAGGCAAAUAGACUGCAGGACACGGAUUAACAGACACUUUUGUUGUUAUGUACUUUCAUGUUUUAAAGUUAGGACUGUGAAGAAGAAGAAGAAAAAAAAAUCAUUGCUUUGUGCGCAAGUCUGUUAGCCCUCAUGACUGAAUGUCAUUUAUAUGUGUGUCUUCACAGGGCUUCAUACCACCGCUUGUCUAUUUUUAAGUCAUUACAAUGUGUUCCCCUGACAGUGUUGUAUUCAGGCUUUAAAAAACUGCACAUGCCCAGUAAUCACAAGGCAAAUCUGUGUGUGUAUGUCAUGUGUCCGAUGCAGCACUUUUCACGUGAGAAUGUCAGGACGGUGGUUUAAGUGUGUACCGCAAAGAUCUUUAUGAAUAAAGUAAGCUUGUCUAAAUGCA